AUAACCCUAGCCCGAUGCCCUAACCCUAAUCACAUAACCCUAGCCCAAUGUCCUAACCCUAAUCACAUAACCCUAAUCACAUAACCCUAGCCCAAUGUCCUAACCCUAAUCACAUAACCCUAAUCACAUAACCCUAGCUCAAUACCGAAACCCUAAUCACAUAACCCUAGCUCAAUGCCGAAACCCUAAUCACAUAACACUAGCUCAAUGCCCUAACCCUAAUCACAUUACCCUAGCCCAAUGCCGAAACCCUAAUCACAUAACCCUAGCCCAAUGCCGAAACCCUAAUCACAUAACCCUAGCCCAAUGCCCUAACCCUAAUCACAUUACCCUAGCCCAAUGCCGAAACCCUAAUCACAUAACCCUAGCCCAAUGCCAAAACCCUAAUCACAUAACCCUAUCCCAAUGCCGAAACCCUAAUCACAUAACCCUAGCUCAAUGCCCUAACCCUAAUCACAUAACCCUAUCCCAAUGCCGAAACCCUAAAAACAUAACCCUAGCCCAAUGUCCUAACCCUAAUCACAUAACCCUAGCCCAAUGACGAAACCCUAAUCACAUAACCCUAGCCCGAUGCCCUAACCCUAUUCACAUAACCCUAGCCCAAUGCCGAAACCCUAAUCACAUAACCCUAUCCCAAUGCCCUAACCCUAAUCACAUAACCCUAUGCCAAAGCCGAAACCCUAAUCACAUAACCCUAUCCUAAUGCCGAAACCCUAAUCACAUAACCCUAGCCCAAUGCCGAAACCCUAAUCACAUAACCCUAGCCCAAUGCCCUAACCCUAAUCACAUAACCCUAUCCCAAUGCCCUAACCCUAAUCACAUAACCCUAUCCCAAUGCCCUAACCCUAAUCACAUAACCCUAGCCCAAUGCCCUAACCCUAAUCACAUAACCCUAUCCCAAUGCCGAAACCCUAAUCACAUAACCCUAUCCCAAUGCCGAAACCCUAAUCACAUAACCCUAGCCCAAUCCCAAAACCCUAAUCACAUAACCCUAUCCCAAUGCCCUAACCCUAAUCACAUAACCCUAGCCCAAUGCCGAAACCCUAAUCACAUAACCCUAGCCCAAUGCCGAAACCCUAAUCACAUAACCCUAUCCCAAUGCCGAAACCCUAAUCACAUAACCCUAGCCCAAUGCCGAAACCCUAAUCACAUAACCCUAUCCCAAUGCCCUAACCCUAUUCACAUAACCCUAGCCCAAUGCCAAAACCCUAAUCACAUAACCCUAUCCCAAUGCCGAAACCCUAAUCACAUAACCCUAGCCCAAUGCCGAAACCCUAAUCACAUAACCCUAGCCCAAUGCCGAAACCCUAAUCACAUAACCCUAUCCCAAUGCCGAAACCCUAAUCACAUAACCCUAGCCCAAUGCCCUAACCCUAUUCACAUAACCCUAGCCCAAUGCCAAAACCCUAAUCACAUAACCCUAUCCCAAUGCCGAAACCCUAAUCACAUAACCCUAGCCCAAUGCCGAAACCCUAAUCACAUAACCCUAUCCCAAUGCCGAAACCCUAAUCACAUAACCCUAUCCCAAUGCCCUAACCCUAUUCACAUAACCCUAUCCCAAUGCCGAAACCCUAAUCACAUAACCCUAGCCUAAUACCAGUUCCAGUAGAAUGUCUCGGCUUCCUGGACAUCGAUCAGAGGGAGGCAGCUGAAGUGGUUUCAUGUCAUCACCAGCCUGUCAGAGCUCACUGUAAUUGGUCUGAGACUGAGAGGUGAAUUAUCACAUGUCACCACAAGAUGGCAGCAGAGCAGCGGAGAUAUUUUGUGGGUGAUGUUAUUAGUUGCGGCCACAAGAUGGCAGCAGAGGAAAUGUAUUCCUCCUAAUAGAAGAGCGUGAAGGAAAACCAGAGAGGUCAUGUGACCGGAAAUGAAGUCGUCUUCUAGUGUUUCUAGAGGGGAACAUCCGGUCUCCGGAAAGAUGGCGGCAAGAAAAGGAUUAUGGGAGGGGGAGGGAAGGAGAAGCUGCAGAUGAAAAUAUUCGCAGUCACUCUACAGAUACAGGUGAGAACUGCGACUCGCCACCAAUGAGGACAAUAUGGCCGAUGCUGGUGUUAUGGAGGAACUCGGCUCAGAUAAUAAAAUUAAAGUGGAACCCCCCGAGGAUGAAGAUACUCACUCUCUAUUUCUGACCAAUCAUAUUAAAGAAGAGCCAUAUGACUAUGAGGGAGUGCUCCGCCCACCUGCAGAUCAGUCUCUGGGUAAUGGUUGUGAGGAUCGGUUCCCACCUCUAAACUCCACCCCCUUAUGUAUUAAAGGCGAGUCAGGCGAGGAUGGCCUGGAGGAGGCGCUGGAGUACACCACCGUCUUCAUAAAGGAGGAGCCAAUCUCCGGUGACGAAGGUGUCUUUCCUUCAGCAGAUGUUGGGGAGUGGCGUACCUCGGGGGUGUUACCAGAUGGCUCCGCCCUGGGUGGAGACGAGGAGUCGGAUAGCCUAAGUGACCACACAGAGAUCGAAUACACUACAGUGCGCAUCAAGGGGGAGGAGUCAUCCCAUGAAGACUUUGCGGAGGUGGUCUCUGACAACUACGCCACACGAGACCACACCUACAUGGUGACCCGCACGGAUGACUGCAUGAGGGCCCCCUGCAACAUCCGCAAACUCCACAAGACUCUGAACUGCAGCGAGUGCGGGAAAGUCUUCUUCGGCAAAGCUGCCUAUCGGCUCCACCAGAGACUUCACCGGGGGGAGGCCAUCUACGCCUGCGCCACCUGCGGGAAGAAGUUCUCCCGGAAGGGAUCGUGUCUGAAGCACCAAGAGGCCGCCCACAGCCGAGAGAAGUCCUUCGAGUGUCCCAACUGCGACCGCUACUUCUCCUCCAAGCUGGGGCUGACCCUUCACCAGCGUGUCCACAACCGAGAGCCCGCCUUCAGCUGCAAGGACUGCGCCAAAUCCUUCACCAGUAACUCGGCUCUUAUCCAGCACCAGCGGGUCCACUACACCGACCGGCGCCUGGUGUGCCCCAAGUGUGGCGUCACCUUUCACAACAAGUCGGAUUUGAUCAACCACGAGAUCCUCCACCCCGUGCGGCAAUCCUUCGUGUGCUCCGAGUGCGGCGAGAAGUUCCAGACCAAGGCGGAGCUCUCCGCCCACUGGAAGGUCCACACCGUCAUCAAAGCCUUCUCCUGGAGGAAGAUCCACUUCAAGCACCCCGAGGGGGCGGCGCCCGGCAAAGCCGGAGGACCCUUAUUACCAGACAGUCCACCCAAAACUGACCACUCUGGUUAGGAAGCAUGCAGGGUCAGGUUAGUUGUCCUUGGAUUCACAGAUCUGAAAGAGCACCAGUUGGGUUAUCUGACCUUGAGUUCCCAGCUCCGCCCAUCCAGCACAGACAUUGUGAUGGAGUUCCCAGCUCCGCCCAUCCAGCACAGACAUUGUGAUGGAGUUCCCAGCUCCGCCCAUCCAGCACAGACAUUGUGAUGGAGUUCCCAGCU